AUGGGAAAAGUUACUCCAAAAUUUCCAAGUUUAGAGAAAAGUCGUUUAUUUAAUUUUGACGCCAACCAAAGUAUUGCUAUUUUGUGUCCUGCCCAGGCGUUUCCCGCUCCCAUGUUUAGAUGGUACAAAUUUGUCGAUGGCACUACUAGAAAACAACUCGUCACACUCAAUGAUAGAGUAAAGCAAGUAUCAGGAACUUUGAUCAUCAAGGAGGCUAAAGUUGAAGAUUCUGGCAAAUACUUGUGUGUAGUUAACAAUUCUGUUGGAGGCGAGUCCGUGGAAACUGUUUUGACAGUAACUGCUCCCCUAAAAUCAGCAGUUGAACCAGCUACACAAACUGUAGACUUCGGGAGACCAGCGGUAUUUACAUGUAGAUAUGAAGGCAACCCCAUUAAGACUCUCACUUGGUUGAAAGAUGGCAAAGAUAUAAAUCAUCAUGAUGCAGUGUUGAGAAUCGAAUCUAUAAAGAAAGAAGACAAAGGCAUGUAUCAAUGCUUCAUCCGUAACGAUCAAGAGAGUGCUGGCGCAAGUGCUGAACUUAAACUUGGAGGACGAUUCGAACCACCUCAAAUCCGUCACAGUUUCGGCGAGCAAACUCUUCGCUCCGGUCCAUCACUACGUCUCAAAUGUGUCGCAUCAGGCAACCCCACGCCCGAUAUCGCCUGGCUCUUGGAUGGUGAGAAACUCAGCAGCGGCGAGCGUCUCAAGAUUGGACAAUUCGUCACCGCCGAUGGCAACGUCGAAUCGCACUUGAACAUCUCUUCGGUACACACUAACGAUGGCGGAUUGUAUUCCUGUAUCGCAUCGAGCAAGGUUGGCAGCGCUUCUCACUCUGCUCGCGUUAAUGUCUAUGGUCUACCGUACAUCCGGCCAAUGAAGAAACGUCCAGUAGUCGCCGGAGACACCCUCAUAGCCCACUGCCCAGUAGCAGGAUAUCCCAUUGAUUCUAUUGUUUGGGAACGCGAUGGACGAGUACUACCAAUCAACCGGAAACAGAAAGUAUUCUCCAACGGCACCCUUGUCAUCGAGAAUGUCGAACGAAUGAGUGAUCAGGCUACAUAUACGUGCGUCGCCAAGAACUCUCAAGGAUUCAGCGUCAAAGGCAAUCUGGAUCUUCAAGUCAUGGUGCCUCCGCAAAUUUUGCCUUUCGAAUUCGGUGAGGAACCGGCGAACGCCGGAGACAUGGCUUCGGUCACAUGCGCCAUAAACAAAGGUGACCAGCCUUUAAACAUCACAUGGACUCACGAUGGACAAUUGCUUAGAAGAAAUAACGAUAUGGGAAUCGUCAUAACUAGUAUCAACAGGAAAACGUCUAUACUCAACAUUGAUUCCGUCGACGGAAUACACAGGGGCGAAUAUCAUUGUGUGGCGACGAACGCGGCCGGCUCCUCCAAUCAUAGCGCUAUACUCAAAGUCAACGUUCCCCCUCGUUGGAUUCUGGAACCCACUGAUAAAGCUUUUGCCCAAGGCUCUGAUGCUAAAGUGGAAUGUAAAGCCGAUGGCUUCCCCAAGCCUCAAGUUACAUGGAAAAGGGCUGAAGGGGAAACGCCUGGCGAUUACAAAGACCUUAAACCAAACAAUCCCAAUGUAAAAGUUGAGGACGGAGCACUCACUAUUGCGAAUAUUCAAAAGACGAACGAAGGUUAUUAUUUGUGCGAAGCUGUUAAUGGAAUUGGAUCUGGAUUAUCUGCCGUUAUAAUGAUCAGCGUACAAGCUCCACCACAAUUCGAAAUUAAAAUGCGAAAUCAAACUGCUCGUCGUAGUGAGCCAGCUGUACUGCAAUGCCAAGCCAAAGGAGAAAAGCCCAUUGGCAUCAUAUGGAACAUGAACAACAAGCGUCUCGAACCAAAAUCUGACCCACGAUACACGAUCCGUGAAGAAAUUCUACCCGGAGGCGUUAUUUCUGACCUAAGCAUUAGAAGAACUGAGAGGUCUGACAGUGCACUUUUUACUUGCGUUGCUACCAACGCUUUCGGAUCUGAUGAUACUAGCAUCAACAUGAUAAUUCAAGAGGUUCCUGAGGCUCCUUACGGCUUGAAAGUUUUGGAUAAAUCUGGAAGGACUGUUCAGCUAUCUUGGGCGGCACCUUACGAUGGAAACUCUCCUAUCAAGAAGUUCCUUAUUGAAUACAAACGUGCAAAGGGCAACUGGGAAAAGGAUAUAGACAGGGUUCUCGUCCCUGGUGAAUCUACAGAAGCUGGAGUAUUCAGCCUCAGGCCUGCAACUGCUUAUCACAUUAGGAUUGUCGCCGAAAACGAACUGGGUACUUCGGAACCUUCCGAAACAGUCACUAUUAUCACUGCCGAAGAAGCUCCAACUGGUCCACCCCAAGACGUCAAAGUUGAUGCUAUUGAUAAACACGCUUUGAGAGUUACCUGGAAACCUCCCCCACCCCAUGAUUGGAAUGGCGAACUCCAGGGAUACUAUGUCGGCUACAAACUAGCCUCGAGUAAUAAGUCAUUCGUAUUUGAAACCGUUGAUAUCUCCAAGGAAUCUGGCAAAGAACACCAUCUAGACAUACUUAAUCUCAAGACUUAUACCCAAUACGCUGUCGUCGUUCAAGCUUUCAAUAAGAUAGGAUCAGGUCCAGUAUCCGCUGAAGUGCGAGCUUAUACCGCUGAAGGUGCUCCGUCAGCCCCUCCACAAGACGUACUUUGCACUACUCUCACUGCUCAAACCAUUCGCGUUUCUUGGGUUUCUCCACCUCUUGCAGACGCCAAUGGACUUAUCAAAGCAUACAAAGUAAUUUAUGGACCCAGCGAAACCUGGUACGAUGAGAAGACUAAAGACACAAAAAUCACGGCUAGCAGUGAAACUAUCCUCCAUGGCUUGAAGAAAUACACUAACUAUUCGAUGGAGGUUCUUGCGACGACUAACGGAGGUGAUGGCGUGCGAUCAACCCCCAUUCAUUGCCAGACAGAACAGGAUGUCCCAGAAGCUCCACGUGCUGUGAAAGCUUUGGUGAUGAGCCAAGACUCGAUACUCGUUUCAUGGAGGCCACCAGCGCAGCCCAACGGCGUUGUAACUCAUUACAAUGUUUACACUCAAGCUCAAAACGCGGAACCUCAUCCCAACAAGGUACCUGCAUCUCAAACAAGUUAUUCCGCAACUGAUCUGAAACCUGGCCGCUACGAUUUCUGGGUAACCGCGUCCACUAUCAUCGGUGAAGGUCAACCUUCAGCGACCGCUUCUUGCAGCCCUAGUGAUAAAGUACCUGCUAAAAUUGCUUCAUUCGACGAGUCGUUCACUGCUACUUACAAGGAAGAUGUGAAACUACCUUGUCUCGCUGUCGGUGUACCUGCUCCUAACAUUAUUUGGAAGGUUAAAGGUCAGCCUCUAGUACCAUCGGAACGCGUUCGUCAAUUGCCAGAAGGAUCAUUGCAGAUAGCAGGAGUAGCGCGUGACGAUGCCGGCGAAUACUCUUGUCAUGUCGACAAUCAGUUUGGCACAGACACUGUCACACAUACACUGUCCGUUCUAGCUCCCCCGUUCCCGCCUCAGCUGACUGUUGCGUCAUCGUCGGUAUCAUCGCUGACCAUCCGUCUGAAACCCUCCGUGGACGCAGACCAAUCACCAGCUGCUGGCUACACGAUCCAUUACAAACAAGAGUUCGGCGAUUGGGAGACAAUUCAAAUACCAAGCAACACCGACACGUACACAUUGGAGAGUUUGGUUUGCGGUACUAGAUACCAGCUCUACGUUACGGCAUACAAUAGCAUUGGUACUGGCGAGGCGUCAGACAUGGUUGGUGCCCGAACUCGCGGUUCCAAACCUCCAGUUCCACGAGCAGCUGACUUCAUCGAAGUGGCCAGCACAUCAGUAACGUUACACUUCAAGCAAUGGUUGGACGGCGGCUGCUCUAUGAGCCAUUUUGUCGUUGAAAACAAAAAGAAGGGCGCUGUUGAAUGGAACCAGAUUUCUAAUAACGUGAAGCCAGCUAGCAACUUUGUCGUUCUUGAUCUGGAACCUGCAACGUGGUACGUUUUGAGGAUCACUGCACACAACAACGCAGGAUUUAACGUAGCCGAAUAUGAAGUAGCAACUCUCACUGUUACUGGUGGAACCAUCGCCCCAUUACCAGGAAACGUUGAUGAUGACAAGGAAUUGCCUCCGUGGGUGAAGGCUUGGCUCGAACCGGAAGUGCUGGUGCCGAUAUUGGCUACAAUUGUUGUGUUCGUGGUGGGGGUGGUGGUCAUCUGUCUCACUCUGGCCAGGAGGAAUACUCCUCACCGGCUGCGAGGUCAGAAGGACCUGUACUAUGAUGCCGUAUACAACGCGUCUCAAGCGGCACUCGGCGGCGGCGGUGGAACAUUGGACAAACGCGGCGGUCUACGCGACGAACUCGGAUACAUCGCACCGCCUAACAGGAAACUACCCCCCGUACCAGGAUCCAACUAUAACACAUGCGAUCGCGUCAAACGGCAGGCCGUUAUCAGUAUGGAAGACGAGAUCUGCCCGUAUGCCACGUUCCACCUGCUCGGCUUCCGUGAAGAAAUGGACCCGAGUAAGGCGCUCGCGUUCCCCCACCACCAUGCCGCGCACGCGGGCACUCUCGCUCAUCCCCACCCGCAUCAUCCCGCACAUUCCCGCGCCGGUUCGCAGAGUAUGCCCCGCGCCAACAGCCGAUACGCUCGCAAGAACUCGCAAGGCGGACAAAGCGCUAUCUACUCCACUGCUCCCGAAUACGACGACCCGGCUACGUGUGCUGAAGAGGAUCAAUAUCGUGCCCGCUAUUCCCGACCAAUGUAUGCGUGCGGUCCCGAGUACGAUGAGCCGGCUUGUUGCGCGCCCGAAGACGAACAGUACACCGGCGCUUACGGCACCCCAUACUCCGAUCACUAUGGCUCCCGACCAAGCAUUGGAACACGCAAGUGCGGCGGAUCCCCCGAGCCUCCCCCACCUCCCCCCCGCAACGCUAACAACGACAACAACUGCUCAUCCUCCUUCAACGAGAGCAAGGACUCCAACGAAAUAUCCGAAGCCGAAUGCGACCAACCGCGUAACUAUCCCGUAAGGGCCCACACUGCCAAGGACGGCUUGCACAGCGAGGAAAUGAGGAAACUCAUUGACAGACCAGAAGCAACCACCCCAAUCCCCCAGCAAGCAGUCCACGGGCGGGGACUCACAGCCUACGAUACUGUGGCAGUGUAA